CAAACGCAAUAAUGUUCCUCGAACUUAUACUUAGUCUAGCCAUCAUAAUAUUAGGCUAUAUUUACUGGAACGGUAAAUAUAACGAGAGAUAUUGGACAAAACGUGGUGUGCGAUUCUACAAGAAGAACAAAGUACUUGGAGUGUUUUGGGAUUUCAUAACGAAGGAUAAGUCUUUAACUGAGCACCUACACGACAUUUAUAAGCAAUACCCUAACGAACCUGCCGUUGGAUUUGGCACUCUGCUCACUCCAUCGUUGUAUGUCAGAGAUAUUACAAAUAUACAAUAUGUGUUAACGACAAACUUCAACGCCUUCAGUCAUAGAGGAAUUGAACCCAAUGAAAGUGAUAUUUUGGCAAAUAACAUUCUAUUCAUGAAUGGGAAGAAAUGGCAGCUGAUGAGGAAGAGUAUGACACCUUUAUUUACUUCAACGAAGCUAAAAAGCAUGUUUUACAUAAUGGAAAAAAGUGCACAAGAUUUCAUCUAUUACUUAAAAGAGAAUCCAGAUUUAAAAAAAGGGAAUACAUUUAAGAAUCUCGCAACAUUUUGCAGCGCGGCUAUUUGCGGUGCUGUAUUCGGCGUCACAACAGAAUCAAUAUUUAAUUCUCCUUUCUUGACAAUGUCGCAAAAAGCGUUUGAGCAAACUUUUGUGCGAAAUAUUCAGUUCGCUAUUGCCAACCUGAGUAUACCUCUGUUUAAAUUAUUGAAUAUAAAUCUAUUCAAAGAUUAUGAACCAUUCUUUAUUAGUGCAAUAAAACAAACUCUCCGUCAACGAGAACGUGAGAAUGUGAAAAAACACGAUUUCGCAGAUAUGUGUGUAUCAUUACAAAGUAAAGGAACGUUAAAAGACCCUGAAACAGGAGUUGAAUUGGAGCCCACUGACGAAGUUCUUGCAGCUCAAGCGUUUUUCUUCUUCUUAGCAGGCGUUGAGCCAACAGCAUCUGCGAUGUUCGUAACAUUGGUAGAGUUAGGAAAACACCCAGAAGCACUACAGCGCCUGCAUAAAGAAAUCGACGAGGCAUUUGAAAAGAAUGAUAAUAAAUUGACGUUCGAUGUAGUCGUUGGUAUGGAGUACUUGGAAAUGGCUAUGUCUGAAGCUAUGCGACUUCAUCCACCUCUAGGUUUUUUAACUAGAAUGAGCGUUGAAGAUACUGUCUUGCCCGUUGGUAAUAUUAAAGUGGCGAAGGGAACUAAAAUAUUCACACCGAUUUUCGAAAUCCAUCAUGACCCGAAAUAUUACCCAGAUCCGGAAGUGUUUAAGCCAGAGAGGUUUUCACGGGAAAAUCAAAAAUCAUCUUCUGAUAUAUUAUACCAGCCUUUUGGAAAAGGAAAUAGAAUUUGUAUUGGACAGAGAUACGCGCAAUUACAAGCUAAGACUGGCUUGAUAUAUUUAUUAAGAAAUUUCACUAUUAAAACAAACAUUUCAAAAGGAGGUAUGAAAUACAAAAAAGAACAAGUUACCAUUAGAUUAGCUAAUGUGGAUGUAGAAUUUGUGUCAAGGACCUAAACAUAGUUCAUAUUAUUGGGUGUGUUUUA